AUGCGUUAUAAUCUUAAAAUCGAUUUCAACAAUUUUGGUUCAUUAUAUACUAGUUGCUCAGCACAUGUAUGUAGUAGUGCACCUGUUGUACAACUUGUUGGUGCUAUUGCUAUACCAGGAUGGAGUAGUCAAUAUUCAGUAGAUGAUGCAUAUGUUACACUUAGUCUAUCAAUGAGCUUAACAAUGUAUGAUUAUUCAACAUCAACUACAUCUGUUAUAAGUAGUAGCUUUGGAGGAUCAACAGCAUUUAGUUAUUGGGAUGAUCUUAUGAUUUAUUCUGGUACAUCUCAAAGUGUCUAUUAUAGUGUUGCUGGAACAACACCUAAUCGAUCAGCAACAUUGGAAUAUUAUACAAGUCAUUAUGGUUAA